CCCAAAUUGUCUCUUGCUGUUUGAAGCACCCACAACUUCUUACACAGUAUUCCAAAAUCCGAGGCAUGAUCGUAAAUUGGAUUUACUGCCCAGCAAAAUGCAGACAAAUCAUCUCAUCUCAUCUCAUCUCAUCAGGCCCUGGCUGCCCAGUCGUUCUGCCUCUUUGGCACCUACCCGUCAACAAAGACAACAUCACUCCGCCUCAUUCUCGUCUCAACUUUCUUUUGGGCAACUCCCGGAAUGCCAUUUCAUGUAACCUCACAUGUGAGUAGUUCCGGGACUUGGACUCGUCAAGGCGUACGAGCUCCAUGGGAAGGGGAAUUACACACGCCUCCGGGGAAUAUUUUCCAACUCAACCCAGCCGCGCAAGCAUAACAGGAGGAGGCAGAACACCUUGUGUCACUCCUUCUGCCCCCGACCUACAUACAUCUGACCCAACCACACCUGCAUAGCACGGCAGUUGACGGAACGGCCAAAGUCAAGACCCGGCCUGACAGAGCGGCCGGCCCUAAACGUUUUUGUUUCGAAACUUUUUGACCUGGGCGAGACCAACGUCGACCUCGGCUGCGUUUCUGGUCAUCUUUGUCAAUCUCCCGCGUGAUACCAGAUAUGCGUGGGAGAGCUCGCGGUCCCGUCAUCUUUUUUUGGUUUCCCGCAACCACUCGGGCUGCCGGCCGACGACCGUGACUCCUGCACUCGGGCCCGGCCUGCCUUCUCGAACCUGUACUCACCAACAUCCUGUGCGACCAUCUCGAGAGUUUCCGUUUCACCAUUCGUCUCGCCAGGAGAUAAGAUCAAUCCCGCACACACCUUUGUUGGUUCGAACCCUGCCUCAUCACAUCCUUACUGCCAUCCUCUUGGACUAAACCCCGGCCGGCACUUGGGUUUAUUUUGGUUCUGCGAUUACGCCAAUGAACCAACAGAGUGGCUUGGUGUUACAUAUGUAAUCAACUUGACAUGAGCUAUGCCAGUGCAAGACUGUACAAGCAGCUAACUGAUGCGAAGUGGACACCGGCCCGGUCCAUCGGCACCCCGCCGGGACUGGUCGCCGGGUGCCGGUCACACAACCCCACUUUGAACCGGCCGGACACCGGGAGCAGCACGGCCAUCUGGAAGGGCAUUCAAGCAGCACCUCAUGCUUGUAACAAGAACCAUCUCGCCUGGUUCGCUAAUAUUUAUCACAGCUGUGUCUCUUGUCAAACUUGCAGUCGGUAGGUAUCCAAAAAGACUGCACCAUCAUGCAUAUGCAACGUUCGGCCAGCCAUAUGGUCGAUACAGAUCUGGCACUUGCAGCAUCUCAAUCGUCGUUUCAUGAUUCAUACUAUUAUGCAUGAGCUGAAUAUCACACCCGGCAGUCUGGAACUUGGUGAUAUUGACACUUUGUCGGCGGAAAUAGACUGGCCACUGUGACCCUUCUGCAAGUUGGCACCUGUCAUCCAUACUUCCAAACAUUGGCGAGCGGCGCGCAAUAUUCACUUUCCCCUUCUCUCCAUCCGUAUGCCAUGACUAAACGCAGUCUUAUGUACUCUCUGUUGGCUUCGCCUCUCUGGGCACUGUUGGAACAGGGUCAUGCAGAUCCGCUGAGCCUCGAUGAUGAUUGGCUUUAUCUCGAGUCUUCUCGCCCAAAUCGGUAUCAAUUUUCGACUUCACAACUGAGAGUCUCCAACGUGCACUGCGAAGCCACCGAUGGUUUCCGGGGUGUAACCUUCACGAGAAUUAUAGGUCUCUUGACCUCGGUGUCGGUCUCGGUCCCAGGAGUUUCCCAAAGCCAGUCUGGUUGAGGGCUGGCGGCCUUCACACCUACUACUUACUUUCUCACCUCACCUGCGUGCUACCCCUCAUUUGAUGUUUCGACUUUUUAUAGACCCCGCACCACCAACAUGACGGGCAGAUUCAGCUCACCGAUGCCGCGGGCAGGCAUAGGUCAUCCGGGGUAUCGAGGUGAUCAGGAAUCGGUCUUGUCAAAAGUACAGUCCCGUCUUCACUGCCUUUCCAAUCCAGGAUGUCGGCAAGCCUCGGCCGAACGUCUUUGACAUCUUACUUGCUGCUCCUGGCGCUCCAUGGCGGGAUAAUAUUCCCAGACCUCAACACUGGCUCGGAGACUGGCCAAGUGCGCUAACGCAGCGCGCCGUUAAGCCACCAAGCCACCCGCACGACUCAAAGCAGCUGCCGUUCGUCAUCGUCUCCCCCCACAAAACACCAAGACGCCACACAUCACGGCAAACUCCUUCUCUUAUACCGUACAAAGAAGAGGACGAGUGUGUGUCUGCCGUCGAACCAAGAUAACCGACAGAGAAAGAAGGCCCGAUCGAUAUUGUCAACGGCUUUUGCCCAGCGAAUGACAGCGUUUGGUCCCGAGAGCUGUCCAAUGGGCUCGCGGCGGAAGUUGAAGCAAGCAGGCCAAGCAUUUCAGGCUAAAAACCACACAAGUGCUUGUUUCCUGUGCUACUGUGUGGCAUGACAGGCAGUUGCCGCGCGAGCGAGAGGGAGGAUCUGCGCCGAGGAACUUGGCAAGAUGGUUCUUUUGGCUGGUGGCUUGAAGAGGCUUCUUUUGUUGACGACAUGUCAAGCGGCAUGGUGGUGGUGUAAGUGCUCUCUUUUUGGGGUUGGUCACAAAUAAAAGAAGUCUUUCGGAUUCUCAGAUUGGCGGUCAAUGGAUAGACUGAGAGAGUGCGUGAUGGUGUCACCGGGUGGUGAUUACCUCCGGCCUCUGAUGCUUUUGGCCUCCUCUGUUCCAAUUCCCGAGUUUGAGCACACAGCAUCGCAUCGUCCGACCUGGCCAAUGAUCCCCAUCAUAAUCCCACAUUCCCCCAUUCAUCCGGGAAAGAAAAGUACGGUCACAUUGACACUGUCUAUCUCCGGAAGUUGGAUUGAGUUUACCCCUCAUCCCGGGAGCCAUGAUCCUAGCCUUGUUGCCGCUGUUACCACCGCUCUAGACUCCUACGAACCAUGACCGGCAGAGAGGUGCGCUGGAAGGAUGCGAUCAGCAUCAGUGACUGCAGGUUCACACUGCUGAUUCGUGCGGGAAUGUUACGCUCGCCUGUUUAAGGUAUAGAGACAGGCAAGCUUGAGACCCAGUCCUACUCCCUCCUUCUUGAAGAGGAAAGGGUGCGGACGGACGUGCCACGACAGAUACUCGCAUUUUGGACUCGGUUCCCGGGCAAUUGGAAGAUAUGGGCCCAUUGGCAAGCAAGAGACGAGGUGGGUGGUGACACUGAGGUUCCAUCCGGUCAGAGUCUAUCUACCUUAUCCAUGUGGGCGGAUGAAGGGGGACUGGUUUGCGCCUACAUGAAGAGAUCAGCAGUAAUAUAUUGGGGGUCCUCCCCGCUUUGUUGACCUUUUGGACCCCUUUACUUGCUUUCUCACACUCUCUCACAUGCACUCUGUGGAUCUGGUCCAGCGGUUGGUUUGAUAUCGAACAGCAGACAGCAUCGUCCUCACUGAGACAGGAGCAAGUAAACACAUCAGCCAACACACCAUGGGCGGAGCCGACGCCGGCGCAGGCGCAUUCUACGAUGCAGCCCUCCACAAGCGCGAGACCCUGAUGGGCAAAUCUGGACCUUCGGCCCUGAUCAAGAACUUUAGGGUGUUCCGCAUCGCGCUGUUUGCCUGCAUUGGUGGUGUGCUGUAUGGGUACAACCAGGGGAUGUUUAGUGGCAUUCUGGCCAUGCCGGCUUUUGAACGACACAUGGGCGAGUACGUGACCGAUUCAACCAAGAAGGGGUGGCUAACUGCCAUUCUCGAGCUCGGCGCCUGGAUCGGGACGCUUCUCUCUGGUUUUAUUGCCGAGGUUUUGUCGAGAAAGUAUUCGGUUCUGGUUGCUAGUGCGGUUUUUAUGCUUGGGGUGGUGAUUCAGGCGACGGCGAUUACGGGGGUGGGACAUGAUGCCAUUCUGGCGGGGAGGUUUAUUACGGGUAUGGGUGUUGGUUCGUUGGCGAUGAUUAUCCCCAUUUACAACAGCGAGGUGGCUCCCCCCGAGGUGAGAGGUGCGCUUGUGGCGACGCAGCAGUUGGCGAUCUGCUUUGGGAUCAUGAUUUCCUUUUGGAUUGACUACGGUACCAACUUCAUCGGCGGCACCUCGGCCGAAACCCAAUCCGACGCCGCCUGGCUCACCCCCAUCUGCCUCCAGCUCGCCCCGGCAGUGAUCCUCUUCGUCGGCAUGAUCUUCAUGCCCUUCUCCCCCCGCUGGCUCGUCCACCACGGGCGCGAGGAAGAAGCCCGCCAGGUCCUCUCCUCCCUCCGAGGACUCUCGCCAGACCACGAGCUGGUCGAGCUCGAAUUCCUUGAAAUCAAGGCUCAGUCCCUCUUUGAAAAGAGAAGCGUCGCGGAACUGUUCCCCAACCUGCGCGAGCAGACAGCCUGGAAUAUCUUCAAGCUCCAGUUCGUCAGCAUCAAGAAACUGUUCCAGACCCGGGCGAUGUUCAAGAGGGUGGUAGUGGCGACGGUGACGAUGUUUUUCCAGCAGUGGAGCGGGAUCAAUGCCGUGUUGUACUACGCACCCUCGAUUUUCAAACAGCUCGGCCUGGAUGAUACUUCCACCUCGCUUCUUGCCACGGGCGUGGUUGGGAUUGUGAUGUUUAUUGCGACCAUCCCGGCGGUUUUGUGGAUCGAUCGCGUAGGGCGCAAGCCGGUGUUGACUGUUGGCGCGAUUGGCAUGGCGACAUGCCAUAUCAUCAUCGCGGUCAUUGUCGCGAAGAAUAUCGACCAGUGGGAGAGUCACAAGGCGGCUGGCUGGGCAGCCGUGUGCAUGGUCUGGCUGUUUGUCAUCCACUUUGGCUACUCGUGGGGACCAUGCGCGUGGAUCAUCGUCGCCGAGAUCUGGCCGUUGAGCACGAGGCCGUAUGGUGUCGCGUUGGGGGCGUCGAGCAACUGGAUGAAUAACUUUAUUGUUGGGCAAGUCACGCCCGAUAUGCUGGAGGGAAUUACCUACGGGACGUAUAUUCUGUUCGGUAUCCUGACGUACAUGGGAGCGGCGUUUGUGUGGUUUUUGGUGCCCGAGACGAAGAGGUUGACGCUGGAGGAGAUGGACAUCAUCUUUGGCUCUGAAGGGACCGCAGCAGCCGAUUUUGAAAGAAUGGCCGAGAUCAACAACGAAAUCGGCCUUUCUCGCAUCCUCCGAGCCGAAAGCUCCAACACGACAGGCACUCCCUACGAAACCCUGCCAGAGAAGGGCAACGCCAGUGAUCACUCCGAGCGUAUCCAGGCUGUUUGAAUCGAAUCAAAGAAGGAGUAAUCAAUCGGGCCAUGAUUGGUACAUGUUAUACCCUAGGAUAACAAUCCCAAAAUCUUAAUCAGCGGUGUCUGUUUUCAA